GCAACUGGAACCAUGAACAGUACACUGACACGAGACUGCGAAGAAUAUUGGAGCUGUUUGUGGAAGGAAGGACAAUCAAUAUGGCAGCAGAAAGGAGUGACCAAACUUUUGGAGGACAACAAAGAAGUUAUUCUUGCGGGAAAAUCAUCUGCUCGUGUGUUCAUACCCCUCUGCGGAAAAGCACGAGAACUGAAGUGGUUUUAUGACCUUGGACACACUGUGAUUGGUGUGGAAUUCGUGGAGGAAUGCGUGCGCAGCUACUUCACCGACAACGAUCUGCAAUUCGAAGAGGCCACUUGUCCCAUCACUGAAUGCAAAAUACUGAGGACCACAGACCAUCGGCUGCAAAUAUUUGUCUGCGACAUUAUGGACUUUAAAAGGGAGUGCGCUGGAGCGAUGGACAUUGUUUGGGAUAGAUCUGGAUUUACAGCCAUGAGAGUGGAGAACCGUGCCAGAUAUGCUGCAGUAAUCAAGAGCCUGCUGGCCCCAAACUUCUCGUACGGCAUGUGGACGGUUGUUUAUGAUGUCCCCACUUUUGUUGACACGGUUUUGCCUCGAAGCGCUGGAGAGUAUGCCCUCCGGGAGCAUUUUGGGCUUGAUCCUCCGCGACCCGCGUCCGUGCACCAUGGUCUCCAGGAAAGGCUUGGUCCGAGGACAACGGCCCCCGUCCUAUGCUACGGGGACAAACUCGCCCUCACCGACGACAUCGCUCGACAAGCCAGGCCGAUUCUAGGGAGACAACCCUCAUCAGAGAAGCCAGCAUUCCACCGGGCCAUGCGCAAGAAGCACAUCAAAGCAGACAUGUAA